AUUAUGUUCCUAUUCGCUCCAAAUUUCACAUCAUGUUAUUUCUAAAGAUUUAGAGAGUAAACCUUUUAUCGUUCAUAAAAUCCAAGUAAUUACAGUAGCUAGAGAGAGAAUGAGAGAGAUGAUGGGAGAGGAGGAUGAGAAAAACAUGGCAGCUUGGCUGUUUGGUGUUAGAACUCUUCGGAUUCAGCCCUACACCCUCCCCCCACUCGGCCCUGCUGAUGUCAAAGUUAGAAUCAAGGCACUUGGCAUCUGUGGCAGUGACGUUCACCACUUUAAGCACAUGAGGUGUGGGAAUUUCGUGGUGAAGAAACCUAUGGUUAUCGGCCACGAGUGCGCCGGGAUUGUAGAACAAGUGGGGCGGCGCGUGGAGGGGUUGGCGGUGGGCGAUCGGGUGGCGCUGGAGCCCGGGAUUAGCUGCCGCCGCUGCCACCUUUGCAAAGACGGCCGCUAUAACCUCUGCCCCAAUAUGAAGUUCUUUGGUUCUCCCCCCACUAAUGGCGCUUUAUCUAAUCAGGUAGUGCAUCCUGCGCAUUUGUGCUUCAAAUUGCCUGAUAAUGUGAGCUUGGAAGAAGGGGCAAUGUGUGAGCCGCUAAGUGUUGGCGUCCACGCGUGCAGGCGAGCCAACAUUGGUGCACAAACCCGGGUGUUGAUCCUCGGUGCGGGGCCCAUCGGCCUUGUCACCAUGCUGGCUGCCCGUGCCUUCGGGGCCCCGAGAAUCGCUGUGGUUGAUGUAGAUGACUGCCGCCUCACAUUCGCCAAAAAUCUAGGCGCGGACGAAACCAUUCGAGUCUCACCAGUCAUCGCGGACGUGGACAAAGAAGUGGAGGAAAUACGCGAAAAAAUGUGUGGCACGAUCAAUGUGAGCUUCGACUGCGUUGGUUUGGACAAGACCGUGUCAACGGCACUGCAAGCGACGAGCGCGGGUGGGAAGGUUUGCCUCAUUGGGUUAGGACAAACCGAGAUGACCGUGCCCAUUGCUGCUGCAUCUGCAAGAUACAGGAACACAUGGCCAUUGUGCAUUGAACUCAUUGCAAGUGGCAAAAUAGAUGUGAAGCCUUUGGUGACACACAGGUUUGGGUUUAGUCAAGAGGAGUUGGAGAAAGCCUUUGAGACUAGUGCUGCUGGUGGUCAUGCCAUCAAGGUCAUGUUCCAUCUUUAAUACUACUAAAUAAAUUAAGGUGUAAUUAUAAUGAUGAUGAUGAUGCUUAUACUUUGUAUAUAAAAAGGAAUCUUAUACUCCCUCCGUCCAAAAUUAAUGUUCCCAAUUUGACCGGGCACGCAGUUUUAGGUGAAGUAAAAAGUGUGGUUGACUUUCCCAAAAUACCCCCUCCUCUUCCUCCGUCACUCAACCAGACUUCUUACCUUAAUUCCUCCUCCCAAACCCAGACCAAUCUUAGCAAAAACACCAAAUGAACAUGAACAGUGCCACGAAGAACAAAAUCAAAGAAGCACAACAAAAUCAAAGCGAAAACAGCAACAGGUACUGAUGAACAUGAACAGUGACACAAAAUCUAAGUUUGGCUCAAAUCGAAGGAGGCAUCAAUUGGAAUGGAAAUCCAGCUUUAGCCCUUGAAUGAGCAUCCCAAGUCGCUCAUAAUCCCCCACAAAUUUCCUUCGAAACGAGCUUGAACAGAGGUUGAUUAAACCAACAAUUGUCGCGGAUGAACAGUACACCGAGAUGGUUGACCUGCGAUUCUUGUCCAAUCCAGCACCAUAAUCAAGAAAUUAAACUGAGGAAGGGAUUCCUUGGUCCAAAACGAUCAAAGAGCUCGAAAGAUCGUAUCAAUAACACAAGAAAAUCAAGAGGAAUCAGGGCUAUUCAAUUGCGAUGAACAGUGUACGAGACUUGUUCAAUUGCCGACUUUAGAGAGAGAAACACAUGCGAUUCCAGGA